UGGUAACACUGACAAUUGUUGAACGAGGAACAAAACAAAACAGAAAAUAAUAUCAGUUUAAAUAAAAAACGCGGUAAAUUAUACAACGGAUUGGCGAUAAAGCCGGAUUUAUUGUUCAAAAAAUCGAACUUGAAAUUUAUGUAGAUAUAUGUAGGAAAAUUGCAUUGUUUCGUAGCAGAACACGUGCAAUUGUUGAUAAUGGCAGCAUCUGAACAGGGCAAAAGGGCUUCGAAAGCAAAUCAAGAUGCUACAAGCUCAAAAAAAAGGAAAACUUCGGUUAAAAAGAAAGAAAAUAUAUCCAAGCCAGGCCAUGGAGUAAGUACUAACAAAAACGAGGAAUUUACUUCAAAAAGUAAUUUCACAAGGAGACAUGGAGAUAAAAAGAAUUCUGAAAAUAGUUCAAAAGCCCCAAAAAAGAGGAGUUCCGUUGAGGAUGAUAACAAUACAGCCGCAAAAAGACCACGAAUUGAUGCAAAGACAACUAAUAAUGAGGAAAUACAGUUUGCUAAAAAUUUAGUUGGUAAACAAGGGACUCCAGCAUAUAAUGAGUUCCUGGACUAUUUGGUGGAGUCGAAAAGUCUUAAAAUUCUAAAUGAACAAGGAAUAAAGACAGCAAGUAUGUCUAGUAUUUUAGAUAAAGCAUAUAAUAAUGCCUGCAAAGCCUUUAAAGAUCUCUAUAACUUGUGGCUAGACAAACAUGGAAACAAAACACAAUAUCUAACGACGUUGGAAAAACAGGGGAUAAAUUUAUCGAACAUGUCUAGCAUCUUAAGUGGAUCUGGAGUGAAUUCGGCGAAAUCUUUUAAAGAUUUAUAUGAUUUGUGGUUUGAUGAACAUGGAAAUAAAACGCAGUAUCUUAAAUCUUUAGAAAACGAAAAGAUUAACUUACCCAACAUGUCUAGUAUCCUAAGCAAAGCAGGGCCAAACUCUGCAAAAGCAUUCAAAGACUUGUACGAUUUAUGGUUUGAUGAACAAGGAGGUAAAACAAGAUACUUAAAAACCCUAGAAAAAGAAGGAAUUAACCUGCCAAACAUGUCCAGUAUUCUGAAUGGAGCUGGAUUGAACGCCGUCAAGGCUUUCAAAGAUUUAUACGACCUAUGGUUUGAUGAUAAAGGAAACAAAACACAAUAUUUAAAAACUUUAGAACGAGAAGGAAUAAAUCUGUCCAAUGUAUCCGGUAUUUUAAGUAAAGCAAAGAAUAAUGCUGCCAAGGCAUUUAAGGACUUAUAUAGAACCUGGUUCGACGAAGAAGGAAAAAAAACACAGUACUUAAAAAGUUUGGAAGAGCAUGGAGUAAACCUAAGAAACGUAUCAAGUAUUUUAGGUGGAUCUGGAUCAAAUGCCACAAAGGCUUUUAAAUCUCUGUACUAUAUGUGGUUUAAUGAAAGCGGGAAUAGAACUCUUUACUUAAAAACACUGGAAGAAAAAGGCAUUAACCUCCAGAAUAUAUCGAGUAUCCUUCACAGGGCAGGGUCAAAUGCGGCCAAAUCCUUUAAAGAUCUAUACGACUUGUGGUUUGACGAACAAGGCAACAAAACUCCGUUUUUGGAAACAUUUGAAAAAGAAGGAGUAAAUCUUUCCAGCAUAUCAGAUAUUUUACAUGGAGCGGGUUCCAAUUCUGCAAAAGCUUUUAAAGAACUGUACGACUUGUUGUUCAACGAGCAGGCAAACAAAACUCUCUUUUUGAAAACAUUAGAAAAAGAAGAAAUAAAUCUAGCUAAUAUGUCAAGUAUUUUGAGUGGGUCUGGUUCUAAUUCAGCUAAAGCCUUCAAAGAUUUGUACAACCUGUGGUUCAACGAGCAAGGAAAGAAAGCGAAAUAUUUAAUAAGUCUGCAAAACGAAGGAAUACUUUUAUCCAAUAUGACUAGCAUUCUAAGUAAGUCGGGGUCAAGUGCUCCAAAAGCAUUUAAGAGCUUGUAUGCCAGUUGGUUUGAUGGCGAUGGAAAGAAAACUGAGAAGCUAAAGGCCCUUGAAAAAGAAGGAGUAAAUAUUGCUAACGUAUCCAGCAUUUUGCAUGGUGGCGGGUUAAAUGCUCCUAAAGCCUUCCAAGAUCUGUGUGAUCUUUGGUUUGAUGCAGAGGGAAAGAAAACUCAAUACCUUAAAACCCUUGAGAAAGAAGGAGUAAAUCUUACUAAUAUGUCCAGUAUUUUAUGCGGGGCGGGAAUCCAUGCUCCCAAGUCUUUUCAAGACCUUUACAAUGUUUUCUUUAAUGAAAAGGGAAAGAAAAGGCGACACUUAAAGCAUUUUAUUCAAGAAGAAGGAGAGGAUUGUUUUACCAUGCAUAACUUAUCCGGAAUUCUAAGUGGAUCGGGGGCAAAAGCCGUAGAUGCUUUCGAAGAAUUUCAUAAUGCUUGUUUUGAUAAUAAAGGAAAGAGAACAAACCUCUUAAAUGACUUCUAUAGAAUUGGCUUUACGCCAAGUAAUUUAUCCUCCAUAUUAUGUAGAGGAGGAAUUCGCGCUUCAACUAUUUUAAAAAGUUUUUACAGUGUUUGCUUUACUGAUGACGGAGAGAAGUCCAAAAUUAUAAAUGAUUUCUUUGAUAUCGGUUUUAAGCCAGUGGAUUUAUGCAGUCUAUUGAGUGGAACAGCUGGAGCCUUAGAAAAAUUACACAAAUUCUGUUUUAUAGAAGAAUCAAAGAAGUAUCUUGAACAUUUCUUAGAUGAUAUAGAAGGUUUUACGCUGACUAAUUUAUGUAACAUAUUACACGGAGCAGAAGAUAAUGCGUGUUCAGCUUUAAAAGACUUUCAUGACGUUUGUUAUAAUGAUAAUGGUAAAAUAUCUGUACUUUUGGAUGAUUUCUAUAAUGCUUGUUUCAGUUCAAGCGAUUUAUCUGGGAUAUUAUCCAUGACAGGAAGUAAUGCCGCAUCUAUUUUGAAAAGUUUUCAUAAGUCUUGUUUUGAUAAUAACAAUUAUUUAAGCCACUUUCUGUCCGAGGAUAACAUUUUUAUGACCAAGGACCUAACUAAAAUAUUAUAUGGAGCAGGGACUAAUGUUUCUCAGACUUUUGAAAGGUUGCAUGGUCUUUGUUUUAAUGAAGCUGGUCACAAAACAAAUUACCUAAAGGGCCUUAUUAAAGACUAUCCAUCGAAUGAAAUUAUUAAUAUUCUAUACAAUAAACUAAGAAGUUCUUCAUCUACAAGAGGCAAUACAUAAUUUUAACAAAAAAAAUAGAAAAAUUUGUUACACGUGUGAUUUGUAUGGUUCAAAUUGUAUUUUUACCUAAACCGGAAUACAACAUUUUACUAAUAAUGGAAAAAAAUAAAGAAUCCUGUUAACUUUCUUUUUACAUUAAGUGCUGAAGAACUAAACCUAAAAAAUCGUGACCAAAGUAAAUAUACAUCAAAAAAAUUGUGUAUGUAUGAUAUGAAUGAGUGUUAAGUUAUUUGUAAUAAAAGUACG